GUGAGUAAGUAUUGAGGAUAAAAAACAAGCGAUAAUAAUUUCUGUGCCAAAACACAUUGGAAUCGUUGAAAGAGUUGAUUGUGCUCGCCAGAAUAAUCGAAAUGAUUGUGUUGAGAUGCUUUGAUAUGCUACUGUCAACGGUGUAGUAAAAAUCUCUUCAAAGCACGAAAAAAUCAUGUUGCGCACAAUUUUCAGUGCCAACAAACAUUUAAACAAAUGAAUGCAGGCAAUAUUCCAGGAAAAUCGAUAUCGCCUCACUCUUUCGGUUGCUAUUGAGUUUUUAUUGCGUCGCAAAAUUUUCGCACUUCUUUUCUCCGCUCAGGUCGGCCUUUCUUUUUCGUACACAGCACAUUUUUGCUGACGACGCUCAUAUCAGUUGGUGUUUGUGGUCGAAUCAAACGGUUUAACGUGUAUUUAUGGCAGUGAAAACGAUCGCAUUGUUUUAUUCAGCCAAAAUGAACAUAUUGACACAAAAAAACGCUAAUGUCUUGCAAGAACAAACAAUUCAGUGAUAAGUGGAAAAUGAACUUAUGAUUUAAUUUUGAUUUGAUUCGCUGAUUGCAACAAAUGUUCGGCCAAUUUGGCGUUGUAUUACAGCGAUUCGCUGCCGGUAGAGAGGAAAAAUAGGCACGUUUGAUUGUGAAAAAAGCAUGCAUUCUCAAUGUAUUUCUUGCAAUUGAUGCCAUUGGAAGGUUUCGAUAAGUAUCAUGCACAUGUAAUGUGCAAUUGUUUUUCGAACGAAACAUGAAAUUUCAUGUCGUACAACAGAAACAAAUGUCGCAUCAAAUCGUGGUUCGAAAAGUGAGGCAUCAUUCAGACGGAAUGCAUGUUGCUCCGUGUACGAUGUUUCUUUUUCACCGUUAGCCGAGCAUCGAUUCAGACAGUGCUGUUUUUUUUUCGUUCGCAACACAGAAUCGCACUUUGCAUACGAAUACCAGUCGCCGGAGGAUGGUUUCUGGUUUCAGUGUAUGCGUAAGUGGUUGUGUUGUAGGCACUGCGAGUAAAGUGAAGCGAAUAUGCGCACACAGACUAACGACGGUUCGAUGUGGUGGUUCACUCUUGAGUGCGAAUGAGAGAGACUAAUACAGAUGAUAUUGAGAGACUACGCAUAUUGCGAAAGCCAUUCGUAUUGGUGAAACUUCAUUGGCACAGUCGCAAGCAGUGACGAGAGAAUCACACCACUCAAUCGUUCCGAAUAUAUUGAGAGGUGCAGUUGACUUAUAGCAUUCGCGCUAUUAGAAAAUCAGUUGACAAAGUGAAAAUUCAUCCGAAAUCGUCUUUCGUAUUUAAUUUGACGAAGAAGAAAAGGUCUGACGUGACAUGGAUCCAAAUCAGCCACCAGUUGGCCGCGCUAGAGGCCGCGGUCGUGGUCUUUUCCAGCAUCCAACGCCAUUCCAUGCAAAAGAUGGUCAUCCUGGUCCACAACGAGAACCGUAUGCCCUCACCAGUGGCCCUCCGCGCCCUCCGGCACCUCAACCAGGCCGGCCAGUGGUGGGAUUGAAACACUCAUCUUCUGAAGACAGCCAGACAAAAGGACGCGGUGGUUCAAAACUGCCAGCAACAUCAGCCGGUUCUGAUCCUUCCAAGCGAGUUUUGUAUCCUGAAAGUCGAUCGGACAAUAUUCGUGGAACGAUCCGCCAGCCACAAAAACCGUUACCCGAAUCGUACUACUAUACGCGGCCGAAAGAAAUUUUGUCGAAAGUUGGUACCACCGGUCAAAAGAUAACAUGUGAAGCCAAUUACUUUCGUUUGACCAAAAAGCCGGAAUGGAAUAUCCAUCUGUAUCGCGUUGACUUCAGUCCGGAUGUUCCCGAUGAGCGAUUCCGUCGCUAUUUGGUGCGAACACAGAACGCUAUGCUUGGUGGAUAUUUGUUCGACGGUACACAAUUGUUCUUGGUGCGAACGUUGGAUGGAUCACCGGUUGUUCGUACAGCACGUGGAAAUCGACCGGAAGUGGAUGACACCGUGUACACCAUUACGUUCACACUCGCACGGAUUGUGUCCAUGAACGAAACACAGUCAAUGCAAGUGUUGAAUUUGAUCCUGCGUCGCGCAAUGGACGAUCUCCAUUUGGAAACGAUUGGCCGUAACAAAUACGAUGCUGCCGCCGCUAUCAAAGUUCCAAACUUGCGGCUUCAAAUCUGGCCGGGUUACAUUACCUCCAUUCGGCAGCAUGAAGAAGAUAUUUUGGUUUGUGCUGAAAUUUCUCACAAGGUCAUGCGCGACGAAACCGUUCUUGAAGUUUUGAGACGAAUCCGAACGGAAAGUCGUGAGUUCAAGAACGAAGCAACGAAGGCUUUACUUGGUAUGACUGUGUUGACACGGUACAACAACAAAACAUACCGCAUCGACGAAAUUUCAUUCGAUGUCAAACCAAGUGAUACAUUCAAAAUGCGAGAUGAAGAGGUGUCGUACAUCCAGUAUUACAAAAAAAAGUACAAUCUCGACAUUCGUGAUCACAAUCAACCGAUGCUGGUUUCCAAUUUGAAAGAAAGAGAUAGACGUGGUGGAAUGACUGAAGUGUUGCUCGUUCCAGAGCUCUGCAACGUUACUGGUUUGUCUGAAGAAAUGCGAUCCAACUUCAGAACAAUGCGCGAAAUGGCGCAAUACACAAAAGUUGCACCAGCCGGUCGCAUCGAUCGUUUGUUGGCAUUCAAUCAACGUCUGCAACAACAAAGUGCACAACAUCUUACCGAUUGGAGCUUGGGAUUGGAUCCUAAUUUGGUGAAAAUUCCGGCUCGCAUUUUGCCCUAUCCACAAAUCCUGUUCGGCAACGAUAAAAAAGCUGAUACCAACAGCCGUGCUGACUGGCAAGGCGAAUUCCGCAACAAUUCGAUGGCCCAUUGCAUCGAUUUGAAACGCUGGUAUUUGAUUACACCUUCGCGUGCACGAAAGGAAGCCGAAGAUUUUGUCAAGGCACUGCAACGUGCUGGCAACGGAAUGCGUUUCACCAUCGGCAAUCCACGCAUUGAAGAGUUGCAAAAUGACAUUCAAACGGCGGUUUCGGAAAAAAUCGCCCAGGCUGCCGGCCAAAAUCCACAAUUGAUUAUGUGCGUUGUGUCGAACAAUCAAGCCGAUCGGUAUGCAACGAUCAAAAAACGGUGCUACUUGGAUUUUGGUGUGCCAAGUCAAGUAAUGGUUGCAAAAACAAUCACACCCAAAGAUAAAACCAAAGGCAUCUCUGGAUUGAUGAGCGUAGCCACAAAGGUCGCGAUUCAAAUGAAUGCCAAACUUGGAGGCUUGCCAUGGUUGAUUGCAAUGCCGGUCAGUGGUCUUAUGACAGUUGGUUACGAUGUGUGCCAUGAUCCGAAAAACAAGAACGAUUCGUGGGGCGCCAUGGUCGCAACAAUGGACUUGCGAAAGAGGAACAACGAGUUCUUCAGUUCAGUGAAUCGUCACAAGAGUGGUGAAGAAAUUUCCAACUACUUGGGAAUCAACAUUGUCAAGGCUGUGAAUCAAUUCCAGCAAAUCAACAAUACAUUGCCGGAAAAGAUUUUGUUCUUCCGUGAUGGUGUUGGCGAUGGACAGAUCCGAUUCGUUCUUGAAAACGAGGUUGCCACCAUGAAGGAAAAGCUCAAGGCCGUUUACGCACAAUACAAUCUGAAAGAGCCACCGUUUCUGUACAUGAUUGUGACGAAACGUGUGAACACACGCAUCUUCUUUGAUCGCAAGAAUCCAGAUCCGGGCACAUGUGUCGAUGAUAUCAUCACAUUGCCAGAACGGUAUGACUUUUAUUUGGUGUCACAAUCGGUUCGCGAAGGAACAGUCUCACCGACAGGAUUCAACAUCAUCCACGAUACAAUGGGUCUUCCACCUGACAAAGUUCAGGCGUUGACAUUCCGUUUCACCUACUUCUACUAUAAUUGGAGUGGAACCGUUCGUGUACCAGCACUCUGCCAAUAUGCUCACAAGUUGGCAUUCAUCGCCAGCCAGUCGAUGCAAUCAUCUCCAACCGGUGAUGUAGCAUCACGCAUCGAACGCACACUCUACUUCUUGUAGACAAAAUUUGAAGAGCCAGAGCUCACCAUGGCCAACCCAACUGUUGCCAAACCAUUUUUCUAUCAUUUUUUUCAUUGGAUUUUUUUUUCUAUUCUUCAUUUUGACAUUAUCAAAACAGAAACGAUUCAAAAGCAUUUACAGUACAUAUCAUUUUGAUUCGCUUUAAUUUGACUGAAAAUUUUUGCACGCGAAAUUUAAAUGAAACUGUAGCCCGACGAAUGAAAGAUAUUUUCAUACAAAUAUCACGCAUAUCGAUAUGUCGAUAAACUGUUCGCAAAUAAAAAUAUGAACAAAAUUCAUAAAAAUGACGAUACAACUCAAAGAAGUUUGACAGUUGCUUGUGAAUUGUUUCUGUGUAACCAAAAAAAAAAAUUAUUGAAACAAACGACUUCAUUUGCAAAUGAAAAACAUUUAUUAUUAUCUCAAUUUAACAAAACAAUGAAUAAACUUGAACAUGUUCCUCUUUUUUCAUUAAAUACGAAA